AUGGAUACGCAGAGCGCCGUUCUCUCGCAACUGCGACUACUGAAGCUGAGCAACGGGGCACGUGUUGUCGACUCGGUCCAGCGCCCCGAGAGCACCCCCACAACAAGUGUGGCCGCCGCCCUGAAGGAUGUCAUGGGCGGCCGUGGCCUUUUCAAUGCGGUGCCGCAGCAGGCGGACACAAUCAAGGCAGGCAAUAGCGGGCGCGGCAGCAACACCACAUCGCCAAUGACUCUCGUGACCGGCAGCGCCGGCAGCAGCAGCCACCCCUCCACCAGCGAGUUGAAAUUGGUUAGGGGCAACCAAGGCAGUGCUACUGCUACUGCUACUGCUACUGGUGGUGGUGGUGGUGGGAAAACAACACGCAAUAUGCGUCCCACACCACGAUCUUUGCAGCAGCCAAUGUUGAAUCAAGAAAAGGAAAAGGAGGCGGUCACCCCGGCGCAAUCGCCCAACAACGCGUUGAAGCAGUUGUUACAGGCGGUUUCCAGCACCACCAUUUCAACUUCACGGGAUGCGGGUUCGUCGUCGUUCCCCGUAGCAAUUGCCCUGACUAACGUCGAGCCCAGCGCUGUGCGAAUGUCAACGUUGGUGGCAGGCACCGCAGCAGACCCAAGGUUGCUUGAGCCUAUAGACAAUUUCAAUGCACAAAAACCAAUCAUUCGUACGGCACCCCCGUGUGAACAUCGUUACAUUGUUGUGGGGGAUGUCCAUGGCUGCCCUGAGCAGCUUGAACAGCUAAUGCUAAAGGUAAACUACCAGAAGGGGAAGGACUGUCUCAUACUGGCGGGGGAUUUAGUCAAUAAGGGACCCGACUCUAUAGGAGCAGUGCGGGUGGCACAGAAGCUGGGCGCCAUUGGAGUGCUAGGCAACCAUGAUAGUACGCUUCUCAAUUGCAUCGCCCGAUGUCGGAAACCAAAGCUUACUGUACAGGAGGAACUUGAUCCCGUGAUGCAGCUUGCGCUCUCCUUUCCUCAAGGUUGCCAGGACUAUUUGCGUUCGCUUCCACACAUACUGCGCAUUCCAAAAUAUAAUGUUAUCGUGGUACACGCAGGACUCAAUUUGAAUAAUUCCAUUGAAAAUCAGGAUGUGUUUGAAAUUAUGCAUAUGCGACGAUUAGAGAAGAUUGGUGGUAGUGAAGAUAAGAAGGCUCGUACCAUUACAAAGGCAAAGUGGAAGGCGGUGGUAAAGGGAACUCGUGGGGAACCGUGGGCGGAGCACUGGAAGGGGCCGGAAUUUGUUGUUUUUGGUCACGAUGCCCGUUCCGGACUGCAGGAGCAUCCCUUUGCGUACGGCAUUGACACUGGCUGCGUCUAUGGCAGCGAGUUGACAUGUGUGGUGUACGGUCCUGACAGCCCCAAGGGCGCCUUGGUUUCGGUCCCGGGACUGCCGAAGUUCACCAACGAGGAGCGUGGCCUUCCACCACCGGCAGCUCCCGUGUACGAGCAGUACAUAGAGGAUAUGGAACGACAGAUCCUACGCCCAACCUCGCGUGCUACACCUUCAGUGGUUACGAAUGACUACAAACCGACAUUCCUUUCCGUUCCUCCCACAACUUCAUCCCCGGCAACAAGCAGCACCUUUCUUGGCGCCUCUGGAGGAUGCGCUAAUGGCAAGACGAUUUCCAAGCAGUGCGGGGUUGAGCGGGCCACGCUUUUGUCUUUGAGCCAAGCAGGGGAGCUGACUGCAGUGAAUACGCUUAUGAGCCUCCCGAUAUAUGAGGCGGCAUGGAUGUCAAUGCUAAAUAACGAGGCAGAGGACUGCACAAUUACUUUUUGGAUUCCCUUUGUUCAGGGAAUUGUAACAAAAUUGCUAAACGUAUCUGCGGAGUUCCCCAUGGAUUGCGUGGAUGACGUGCUCCAACUUGCCUUGGAGGUGUGCGAUGAACUGGAAACUGUGCGAAAAAUUGUUGCCCCCCAACUGCACGUGUUGCUGACGCGUGAAGGGUCCGGGGCCAUCUCUCUAUCGAAGGCUACUAUGAAACUUUUGCGCCUCAUCACGAUGACGCAGCAGUGA